GCGGCAUCCAUGCGUUCACCUAUACGGCCAUUUGACGAUGAGUGAUAACUCUGUGCAUCAUCUUGGGACAAUUGAAGACGGUGCUACAUCUCCUAUUCCGCAGGAGUCCCAGCCGCACGAGGAUUCCGACGACGAACGAUUCAUCUACCCUGGUUCUUCAGACGAGCCCGUUACAGUCGAUGAGCACGAAAAUGCAUUUGCUCCGGCCCCACAAAUACCCUCUGUGGGGGCAUCUCCAGUGCCUGCCACACGACCUCCUUCCUCGGCGCAAUUGGAAGCCCUCUACGCAGCAGUAACAUCUGGAGAUCUGCAACGCGUACAGCAAGUCUUCUCUGAGGUUCUGGAGUCCGGAAACGUAGAAUCGUUUGCACUAGCAAAUGACGCGCCGCCGCGCAUAGGCCAAACUGCUCUCCAUGCUGCUGCUAGCAGAGGGUAUCUAGACAUUGUUAAGUGGUUAACGGAGAACUGCGGUGCGAUGCCAGAUGUGGAGGAUAGGGAGGGCGAGGUAUGUCUGCGGAGCCUGCACGCCUGAGAGGCUGACCAUUGGCCGUAGACAGCACUGCAUAAAGCUGCCCUCCAUGGACAUCUACAGAUUAUCCAGUAUCUGCUGCCCCACAAGGCUGAUGUCCAUACACAGGAUGCGGAUGGCUGGACCGCUCU